AUGGCGACCGCUCCGGAUUACAAGAAUAUACCGCAUUCUCACCGAUUACCUAUCACCCAUCGCGAAGUUCAGCGAACAUUCACCAAGCUGUCCCGGCAAUCGCUCGUAUCGCUCGCGCAACAAUGGCUCAGCAAGAAGAACCGCGACUUCUGCAAGCCUUUCUUACUCAGCGACCGCAAAGAUGCCGAUGAGGAAGACGAUGAGGAGUUGUACGAACCGGCGCAGAGCUAUGAAGAGCUACAAGAGACAUACAGAGAGCUAGCCGCGCGCAAGGGCGGGCGAAGAGAGGUACUCGAUCGCAUACUCGAGGGAGACUGGAGGACAGGCAUUUCCAUGUACCAGCUAGCAACUGCUGAAAUACAAUACCUGCUCGACCACCCAAAUGCUCUGCGCUGGACCGCCAAACGACUGACCAAGAUUGCAAAUGCGCGGUCAGCAGUCACGGAUAUGGAAGUCACGAACGACUCGGACCAUCUUCCAAGAUUCCAGGCGCAGACGUUCAUGUCAAAUCUAGCGAGAGAACUCACGCCGCUUAUGAAGGCGCACUACCUGAUCACGCGCAUCAAGACGUCCCCGAUGACCAUCCUGCGGGUGUACAUACAUGACUCGCCGUACAGCACAGAGAGCUCGUUGGCUGUAGACUCGAGCAGACCCGAUAGCGCCAAGGCAGUGUUCUUUGUAUGGCCGAAUGGAUCGCCAUUCGUGUACUCAUCUUUGGCUACGCUUACUGGUCAGGUUGUGGGCGAUGAUGGAAGACAUCUGAGAGACAUUGUACAGCAAGCGAUACCAAAGGCAUUCUCACGGCCGUCCGCGCGCUACCAACUCACAAGCACAAACUUCACCACCAAAUCGCUAGACGCGCUCCUCACAUACCGCGGGCCUGGGAAAAGUAACGCAGCAACGGGAGGUUGGAGCAUCUUUCAGGACCACAGUUUCAGUCAGAACGCGCUCGACUUCAUUACGACUCAGCGGAGUGAUGGACAGGACAAGAAUGGAGUGGACAAGCACGCGACAAACGGCAAUGCAAAAUCUGGCCCAGGUCGACCAAAGCGAAUGGCAGAGAGCACAGACACCCCCGAAGCCAAGCGUAGGAAAGAGGUAGCAGCUGGGCGAUUUGGAACUUCUGCAAAGGCAGAUGAUGGACAAGGUCUAGAGCGUUUCGAAGCCCGCAUCGACGAUGCAUUUCCAGCUGCUCCAGGGGGUAACAAGGCGCAACAAGACGGCGAUACAUACACCCUCGAAGAUCAAACAACCAACCAAGCUCGAAGAGGCCGUCCUUCCCUACUCGAUCGAACCGCCGAAGACUUCGAGGACAUACAGAAUCAAGAAGGCUGGGUACCCAAUGUUCGUGUCGCAUUUCAAGGCACGCACGUCUUUGCUGGCAUUCGCCAAUUAGUCGAAGAGGGCAUUGUGGACGGAGAGAAGAUGCCCGGCUGGAUGACUGGCGAGGCUGGUGUCACUAUAGGCACUGUGAGAGAGGGACGCAUACGAUCGAAAGAAGGUGUGCCUGGCGUCUGA